AUGUACCCAACACCUGAACAGUUUGAAGAAACUGUCCGUAAGCAGGAGGAAAUUUGGGGCAUUCCUCAGACUGAUCGGCUACCCAUUGUUCCAGGGACUCCAGAAGAUUUUUCUUCCGGUCGUUCACCGUUCUCAUUAAUCGCCGGCACGGUUCUCGUUUGCGCCGUAGUUUCGACCUUGGUAUUAUACUUUUUGGCCAAACAAGGCAAGUUCCGUGUGAUCACAUCCACCAUGAAAACACCAUCAUACCGUUAUGGAGGUGCCAUGGAUCCACGUGUCAAGCGGCCCCAUCAAGAACCGAAUUCCACCACAGAAACGAUGCCCCCGAAAGAGUCUGAUCAAACCUUUCGACCACCAGCAGAUCGGCCCGGUCCUGGUUUACCAUUUUCGUNUCCAGUCCAUCAAACCAGUCACCACAAACGUGAAAUUCAAGUUCUGUGUUCUGAAGCUGUGACUGGUGUUUUCGAUACUCUGUCUUUUAUUUAUUCUCUACCCCCUCCUCCCUCCCGAACUGUAUUGUUUGCUCAUGUUUUCCAUCAGGAUGUUGCCGGGCUUCACGCGAGCAAACAGGAAGUUAUGGAGUUUGUGACUUAUCUGAAAAAUCCCAAAAAGUAUCAAGCACUCGGAGCAAAACUACCCAAAGGUGCGUUACUACUCGGUCCACCGGGGACAGGAAAAACGUUGUUGGUGAAAGCUUUGGCCAACGAGGCGGGAGUGCCGUUCUUUUCGAUGGCUGGUUCCGAGUUCGUCGAAGUGAUUGGCGGUUUGGGCGCUUCACGUAUCCGUCAGCUAUUCCGCACGGCCAGAGCCAAUCCACCGGCAAUCAUUUUCAUCGAUGAACUGGAUUCUCUCGGUCGUCGACGCAGUUCUGUCGAUUCUGGUGGACGGGGUGGUGGUCCAGGUGGCGGCGGCGGUGGUGGUGUUUCAGAGAUGGAACAGACCCUAAAUCAGCUACUUGUGGAGAUGGAUGGGAUGGACACGGCGGAGGGCACGAUAGUAUUCGCGGCAACAAAUCGAGCCGAUCUGCUCGACAAGGCGUUACUCCGCGCCGGUCGUUUCGAUCGCCAUAUUUUCAUCGAUCUUCCCAAUCUGGCUGAACGGAAAGAACUGAUUGCAAUGUAUAUGGCCAAAUACCUCUUGUCCCCGACAAUUAUUCAGGCCGAGCUGAUUGAUCGCUUAGCGCUAUGGACUCCGGGAAUGAGCGGAGCAGAUAUAGCUCGACUAUGCAACGAAGCGGCACUGGUGGCCGCUCGUCGUACGGACUAUUUGGAAGGAGUGACCCGGGCGGAUUUCGAUGUGGCGUUUGAACGUAUUUUGGCCGGUGAUAAUCCUCCUCGGUCCUUCCCAUGUGCCGCGAAAAAAUCCAACCCGCUCUCACCUCCGGAACGUCGUGUUGCUGCAGUACAGGAGGCUGGUCGUGCACUGGUUGCUUGGCUUUUGCCCCGCACUGCCUCACAACGAUACUUGAAUGCGGCAUCCGAUCUGGCAAUGAAACAGGUUCGCGAAUGGGGUUUGUCCAAAACAAUCGGGAAUCUGAGUUUUGAUCCUGAUCCCUCGGGGAACGAGUUCACUAUCAAACCGUACAGUCAACUCACACAGAGCAUGAUCGAGAUGGAGGCUCGACAGUUGGUGUCCACCGCGUUUACCCGAUGCGUCGCACUGUUGCAACAGAAUCAGGACAAGUUGCAACGCAUUAUUGAUGCACUGUUGGCCAAAGAAGUACUCACUUACGACGAAUUGCGCGAGAUCUGCCAAAAUGAUGCGACCGUGAAACAGUCAGUGGAUCCUAAAUCGAACGUGUAA